CUUCACCUCACAAAUCAGCCUUCCUUCUUACCCCCUCUCUCCUCUCCCCACCAACGUCCGAGGCAGGUUUCAAGCUGUCCGCAACCCAUAUUGCUUUUGCUCAAGCAUCGAUUGACGCAACUUAUUCGUCACAAUGCCCGCCGCUAUUCCCCCCAUUACCGGCAUGCUCCGCCGUGGUCUUGUCCUGGACCUGAGCACCGCUUUCGGCUUCGGUACUACCUUCGGUUACCUCUGGUGGUACGGAUACCACCUCCCCCGCGUGCGUGAGCGCGAUACCUACUACGCCCGCCUCGAGGCUGAGCGUGCUGCCCAGCGGGGUUAAAUCGAUCAACCCUGAUCACCUCUCGAUCGCCUCCUUUCCGCCCGUUCGGCGCCAGUUCUUUUCUUUGUCAAAGCGUUAUCUAGAAAGUCGCCCCGUGAUGGAAGCACAUGUCUCGACAUCACCUCCGGGCUUGGUUGGAUCGACGGGUGUGUACGAGUGGGUGGUUUGAUUUGAGAUCGAUUGUACAUAUACGCCUGUGGACAACCAACCGUUUUGAUUUUGGA